ACCCACUAUUUGAACCACCACUCAAAACUGAUACUCUUUCCUGUCUCCAUUCGUCACCCAUUGAAAAACCCGCACGAUCACUACUUCCCUCAUUUAUUAUCAAAAAAUGAUUUGUUCAGGAAGAAUUUCAGCUGUUUUGUAUUCAAAUUCACCGUUUAAUCAUUCGAAUCUACGCUUCUCCAAAUCCAGAUUUCUCCUGGUAAAGCUAAAAUCUCAUGCCAAAUGGAAAGCAAUGACAUCAGAUUCCGACGCCUCUUCCUUUGCUUCUUCCGUUGAUUCCGACGCAUCAACUAAUAAAAACUCUUCCGCGUUUUGUAUAAUAGAGGGGCCGGAGAUGGUUCAGGAUUUCGCCAAAAUGGAAUUACAGGAAAUUCAGGAUAAUAUUAGGAGUCGUCGGAAUAAAAUAUUUUUGCACAUGGAAGAGGUUCGUAGGCUGAGAAUACAACAAAGAAUUAAAAGUGCGGAGCUUGGUAUUCUGAAGGAAGAACAAGAAAACGAGCUUCCUAAUUUCCCCUCUUUCAUUCCAUUUUUACCUCCUUUGACCUCUGCAAAUCUUAAACAAUAUUAUGCAACUUGUUUCUCUCUUAUUGCUGGCAUCAUUCUUUUCGGUGGUCUUCUAGCACCUACUCUGGAGCUGAAACUGGGAUUAGGAGGUACAUCAUAUGCUGAUUUUAUUAGUAGCAUGCAUCUGCCAAUGCAAUUAAGUGAAGUUGAUCCCAUUGUGGCAUCAUUCUCUGGGGGAGCUGUUGGAGUAAUAUCUGCAUUGAUGGUAGUUGAAAUAAACAAUGUGAAACAACAGGAACACAAGAGAUGCAAGUACUGUCUUGGUACAGGAUAUCUUGCUUGUGCCCGCUGCUCAAGCAGUGGGUCGCUAGUUCUUAUGGAACCAGUCGCCACAGUCAAUAGUGGGAACCAGCCUUUGUCAGCACCUAAAACUGAAAGAUGUUCUAAUUGUUCAGGAGCAGGAAAGGUCAUGUGCCCUACCUGUCUUUGCACAGGAAUGGCUAUGGCAAGUGAGCAUGACCCACGGAUUGACCCCUUCGACUGAUUAUGCAAAAAUUUUCACUUGGCCUGUGGAGUACUUGAUGCUGUAAAUGGUUUUUUCUACAUAUUAGUUUCCUCAAAUCUCGACGUUCCUGUGUAUAUAAAAAGAAUACGAUUCCAAAUGCUCCCACCCCAGAAUAUUUGUUCUAUGGUAGGGAAAACAGCUGCUUUUGUAUUGCAAAUUUUCUUGGAGAACUAAGCUCAUUUGUAUUACGGUUAAAAUAUUAAGUUGCUUGAAUGGCACGACGAGUGGAGCCCACCCAACCUCCGCCACAGCUUGAGCUCCUCAACGGCCUCCCACUGUUGCACCUCAACUUCAUGCUAGCAAUGCUGGUGUUUAUCUGGACUCUAGAGGUGGUGUUGGCUGAUGGCUGAUGCUCCGCUUUUCCUCCUCUUUCUACUU